CACAGUCCAUGCUCGUCCUUUGGGCUGCCAAGUCGCGUUCUCAGUCGCUCGCUGUCCGCUAGCAAAUCGGUGACAAAACGCGGUUUCGAGUGCAGUACCACAAAACAAUAAAUAAAAAUCAAACUAUUGUAAUUGCAGAAAGUAUUUUCGGGAAAUUACCAAGUUAAAGUUCAAGUUUAAUGCAUGUGCUCAGGGUUAACUGUUGCUGUUGCAGCUAGCUGGAAGUUGAGGAAAUUCAGUGCAUAUGCUGCACCUGACCGGAGACAAGUCUUGGCAUUCCAUGGAGGCAAUGUAAGCAUUCCGAGACAACCGCCGUCGACAGCACAUUAAGGAGGAACAACUUGAAAUUACCAUAAAAACCGCAGAGGUUGUGGAGCGCAGAGGCGAAGUGCGGGGAGCAGGGAGCGGGACGUGGCCAGAGCGGGAAGAGGGCGGAGCGGUUAAGGAUGCGGUCGCUUAACAAGUCGGCGGGCGAGGAGGAGCUGACUGGCCUGAAUGGCAACUCCAGCGACUCCAUCUAUACCAUCAAGAACAAGUGGAUCACCGACUGGAGCCUUAGAAGGGAGCGGGAUAAGCUGUGCAGCUUCAUUUUCAAGCGAGUCCUGACGCACACGGAGUGCAAACGUCUGUUGGAGGCGGCCAAGAUCUAUGGCGAGAGCAGUGACUUCAAUUCCUGGCCGGUUAAUGAACAGCUGCAAUGGUACAGGAACUUCGAUGUGAACAAUACGAACCUUCUGUUGGCUGUUAGAAAUCAAUCCUCUGAUGGCGGUUCCACCAUGUCGGGAUCCAGUUCCGACUCGGAGAUUCUUGGUCCUGUUUUGCCACCAUUUGCACUGUGGCAGACGAUCCUGAUAGCCAUAUGCCUGGCGAUCUGUAUCAUUCUUACGGUGGGCGGUAAUAUCCUGGUGCUACUGGCCUUCAUCGUGGACAGGAAUAUUCGGCAGCCCAGCAACUACUUUAUUGCCUCCCUAGCAGCCACGGAUAUGCUAAUAGGAACCGUUUCGAUGCCCUUCUACACGAUAUACGUGCUCAAGGGUUAUUGGGACCUGGGUCCGAUGCUCUGCGAUCUCUGGCUUUCCGUCGACUAUACUGUGUGUCUGGUGUCCCAGUACACGGUGCUGUUGAUCACGAUAGAUCGCUACUGCUCUGUGAAGAUUGCCGCCAAGUACCGGAGUUGGAGGACGAGAACCAGAGUGAUAUAUAUGGUCACAAUCACUUGGAUCAUUCCCGCUCUGCUCUUCUUCAUCUCGAUUUUUGGAUGGGAGCACUUCACCGGCAAGCGGGAUCUACUUCCUGGCCAGUGCGCCGUUCAGUUUCUCAAGGAUCCGAUCUUUAAUACGGCCCUAAUCAUUGGCUACUAUUGGACCACACUAAUUGUGCUUUUUGUCUUAUAUGCCGGGAUCUACAAAACAGCCUAUGAUAUGCAAAAGCGCAGUGAGGCGAAGCAACGGAAAAUGCAAUCCAUGGUGGCACUGAGUGCUGGAGCGAUGUCCGGAAUGGCAGGUCAUGCAGCUGGCAUUGGUGUGAUUGAGGAGAAAAUCCUAAAGACCAAAGUGGAACUUGCGGGAGAUCAAACCGAUUUGGAUAGUGCCUGCACCACAGUGAUUAAGAGAUUAAGUGGUUCCGGUCAGGCAAAUCCUCUGGCCGUGGCCACCGAGGAAGUGGAGAAGAUGACACCGGAACAGAGGAGAGCGUCGGCAGCAAAAAUCCAGGAGGAGGCGAAAAAACGUGAGGCAGCCGUGGAUGCGGAAAAGAGCGAGAGAUCCAGCAGUCCUGCCUUCGAUUCCGAUGAGGAAUCAUCCGUCAACCAGGCCCAGCAGUUGAUCACCCAGCAGAAAUUGAACAACAUGAGGAAGCGGUCAUCGAUUGGUCUGGUCUUUGGGGCACAGGCCGCCCUGCUGGCCACUCGUGGCAAAGGUAACUUGCAGAAGAGCACCACUAACUCCAAGUCGAUCGAGGCCAUGCACCAGUACCACCACCACCAACAGCACCAUCACAACCAGAGUCCGUUACAGCGGGCGCAGAGCAAGGAAGAGAUGCGCUCCCUGCACCACCACCAGAACCAGCAACAACCGCACCACCAGCACCACCAAAACCAGCCGAACCCACCGCUGGACAGGCCCAAGCGCACAUCCUGCUCCACACUGUCCCAGAUAGCCGAGCAUGAUCGUUUGGUCGACCUGUCCGCUCCUCCAACAUUACUCAACACCAGUGAUCCCCUGUCCCCCGUGGACUUGGCACCCAUCGAGGUCCCUAGCGAUCAAGUGCAUCAGGGUCUGGUGCAGACCAUUUUGCCACCUCCCGACGCCUUUCAGUGCCCCACCCCGCUCUCCGAUGACUACUCGGAUCGUCCCUUUGGGAAUAGUUCCGGUAACAGUGAACUGGCCCUGACCUAUGACCUGAUGACGAACUCGGAGCUACGCUAUAUGGACGAGAGCUCCGCCAUGCUGGCCAGUGUGACGGCCAACUCGACGACCUCCCCGAAUGACAGCGUCCAGGGGAAACCACCAGUCCUGCCUCCACCACCGCCCGCACGCCGAAAUCCACCAAAAUCGAACCUGAACCAGAGCCUCAGUCAAACUCCCAGCCAAAACCAGAGUCCCAGCCAAAGCCUGAGCCUCAACCUGAAUCCGAAUCACAACCAGAGUCAGAGUCAGAGUAUCGAGGAGGCGGUGGCCAUUGAAAAACGUCUUCUCGUCUCGUACACAGGAAUCGAGGACUUUGCUAAGGUGAGGCGGGAGAGCUGCAUUGAGGCCAUCUGCCUGUUGGAUGUGCCCGGAAAGCUAGCUGCGGACUGUCCCCAUCGCCGGGCCUCCAGUCCUAUGGAGACCAGCAGCAAGGAUGCCAUACUCUAUUCCCCGAUGCCACCAAUGCCACUCUCACCCAAGGUAAAGACUUCAACGCCACAAACGGGAACGCCCCAGUCGGCGGCGGGUGUAACACCACCGGUGCCACUGGAAAGGAUUGAGGAGCGAGAAACCUCGGACAGUAAUACCAACAAGAUGCCCUCCACCUCGGGCACCACCAGCAGUACGGGCGGUGUGGGUGGAGGCGGGGAACAAGACGGUGUUGGUGCCACCAAAAAGAACGCGGGGGAUGACGAUGCCAACAGGGAGGAGAAGAGUUUGGCGGCCAGCCGAAACUCCAGCAAAAGGGCAUUCAUUCAUUCGAUAGGAAAGCACUUCAAGAGCAAGAAGGCUCUACCCCUGAUCCUUGGAGUGGGUGGACGGCAGAAGUCCAAGUCGGAGAAUCGUGCUCGCAAAGCGUUUCGCACGAUCUCGUUCAUUUUGGGCUGCUUCGUGGCCUGCUGGACACCCUACCAUGUGUUGGCCCUCGUCGAGGGAUUCUGCCGGCAUCCGCCCUGCAUCAAUGAACACCUCUACAUGUUCUCGUACUUCCUCUGCUACGCCAACAGCCCGAUGAAUCCUUUUUGCUACGCUCUGGCCAAUCAGCAGUUCAAGAAGACCUUUACGCGGAUCCUCAAGGGGGAUCUGCACAUGACCUAAGAUGGUUUGGGGAUCUGAAGUGGUUAAGCUGCUGGUGGUUGAGUUAAAUCCCUGAUAGAUUUCCAUUUUGCACUGCACUUGCGCAAAGGACCAGACACUUCAGAGCCCCGAGAGUCUGGCGCCUUGCAAACUUUUCCAUUCCCAAACCCCUUACACCUCCUUAGGCCCAUAAGUUUUCUAUACAUACCCAACGAAAGUGCUCCGCUUAAUGGAAUAUCUGCUGGAUUUCGACCAUCAGCAAAGUAUUAGAAUCAAACACUUAUUAAAUUCAAAAUUUAAUCGGUGGACAGGGAAGAGUUAUCUGUAAGUAGCCAAAGGUGUGUGCUAUAGUUAGAAUCGUUGGGGGGGAAAACAAGCAAUCCGAUUUGGGAUGCAUACAUAGGUCUAGAGUGGCACUAAGCGGGGCGAAAUGUUUUAGACAAUAAAUAUUUUAAUGUUAAUAACCAAUCUAUGAUAACCAUGCAAAGUAUAUGAUAUGAUAGCUAAUAAAAUAAAUUAAGCAUAAGAUAUACACAUUUACCGAGACUAGAAAACCCUACAAACCAAAACUCUAAAGCAUAUCCCAAUAUAGAAUAAUACUUCUUUUGUUGUUCCGCAGAAUAUAUCAAUGAAAAGCAGACAUAUGAAGGGGGUAGGCCAUAAGAAGACCAAAGAAAAGCAUGUUAACCCUUUGAGGGAUAUGCCAGUCGAAGCCCUUUUGACGGUGACACUUUGUCGAAAACUACGCAAAAUCGGACCUAAUUUUGAUUUCAAACGUUCAUAGAAACUUUCUUUUACAGUUAUUUUGGUAGGUUAUAGUACUUAGAAUAUUGCAAAAAUAUAAACUGUGUUCAAACUUUUUCGACGAAUGGUUGCCGUCGUGGGGUUAAGCAGUUCGAUGUCAAUCCUGCAGCAGAUAUACGAUUUUAAGAACACAAAACCCAGCAUACAUACCCGCGUAAUUGUCUAUGGAUAUAUGCCAGACAAGUUGAAGAGUUUUGUUUGAAUAUUCAUGAGUGUAGAGCAUACGAAGAUACAUACAUAUAGCUACAUAGAUGUCAAUUUUUGCGCAAGCCAGCAACUUAUACUUAUACGGAUAUAUAGACGUCUCCUUAGCGCCUUUGCCAAGUUGCCUAACUGAGUUCACUCUCAUUCUGAAAAUCUUUGUUCUCGGUUGAAGUACUUUGUUAUUUGUUAACCGUUUCGUUAGCCGAUUCGAUUCGUUUUCCAGUGAGUAAUGUGCUAAACAAGUUUUUGCUUUUGUUGAACGUUUCCAUUUAGCACGUAAGUGAUAAGUGUAACAAUAACUAAAAUUAUUACUAAAUAAAUAAAUGAAUG